ACAGGGGCCCUGACUGUGCCACAGACCCUGGACUUUGUUCCUUUGUGUUUUCCAGACCCGGCAGCUAUACCAGGGUGAACAUCCACACACUUCACACACUGUCUGUCACAUGCAGUCCAACAACGAGAGUUCAAUCUCCGGGAACGUUUACUUCCGCAGACAGAGAGGUGAUGGGAUAGAAAUCCUUCUGGACCUUCGAGGAUUUCCAACCAACGAGCAGGCUCACGGAAUCCAAGUCCACGAGUUUGGAGGUUUGACAGGAGGGUGUGAGACACUAGGAGGCCACUACAACCCUCACAACAGGAGGCAUGGAAGUCACGAAGGGGACCUGGGGAAUUUUCGGCCCAAUUCUAGUGGGGUCCUACGUCAGACAGUACCACAUGUGCAUCUCCAGCUACACGGGGCUCUCUCAAUUAUCGGGCGCUCCAUCGUGGUUCAUGUGGACGAGGAUGACCUGGGCCACCUGGACGAGCCAGGCAGCUCACAGCACGGAAACGCUGUUCACCGACUGACCUGCUGUGUGAUCGGCGUCAGCAGUGGGAGAGGAUGGCCCCAGGAAUGAGGGGGCCAGAACCACGCAGCUCCCAGCCAGAGCAGCAGACUGGGGGUAGGGAUGGAUCAGAGGGGCUGGGGAUGGGGGCUGGGGACUGCGGCCCUCGCUGGGUGGGGCUCUCCUUCCCCGUGGCCUGAUCCUCUUGCUCAGUGCUGGUCAGUAACUGGUCAGCUGGACAGGGAAAUGGUGGAGGAUAGCACCUUGCAGGGAGCCCAAACACCAGGCCUCAGGCUGCGGCCAAAAUCCCGAAUCCAGGUCCCAAACUCCAGAUCCAAGUCUAAAACCUCAGACUCCAGGCCCGGGACCCAAGAUGCCAGUCUUCAGCACAGAUCCCAACCCUCUGUUUGAGGAAAGGAUGGUGGAGGGUCAGUGGGCAGGAGGUCAAGGCUGGUGGUCCCAGGUGGGUAACUGACCCAUCAGACCAGAGACUCUCCAGAGUUGGCACCAACUCCAACCCUAACCCACUACAGCUCCAGCCUUUUGGUUGGGAAUCACAGAUCCCAGCACUGCUCUCCUACCCCAUUUCCCGGGAAUUACCCGGAAUUCCCGGGAUAAGAGCCCAGCGAGAGGUUCCAGGCCAGCAGCAAACGUACAGACUCUCUGCUCUCCUGCCCCACCAGCGCUGCUGCACUUCACUCAAUAAACAAACAAUUGACACCUUC